AUGGCAGCGCCAGACGAGCGCAUCCGAGGCUUCCAUGCCGUUGCAUUCCAAGGCAACGCUGCAAUCGUCGAUCUCCUUCUUCGCGCCAACGCCAACCCGCGCACCGCCGACGAGAACGGGUGGACGCCUCUGUACGUCGCAGCUCAAAACGGGUUUUCCAAGGUCGUCUCGCUCCUACUUUCUGCCGACGUCGAUCCGAACCAAGCCACUCGCGCAGGCUGGACACCGCUGUUUGCGGCUGCGCACUUUGGCCACAGUACCAUUGUCUCGAUGCUGCUUGCUGCCGGCGCGGAUGUCAACCAAGCAGAGCUUAGCGGGCGAACACCGCUGUGGGCAGCAGCACUCAGCGGCCGCAGCAUCAUUGCGUCACAGCUCCUCGGCGCCAACGCCAACGUCAACAAGGCCAUGCGCCUGGGGCACACGCCGCUGUACGUGGCGGCGCAGAAUGGCCACUCGGUCGUCGUGUCGCUCUUGCUCGGGGCCAACGCCGACGUCAACGCGUGCCGCGAGGGAGAGGCGACCGCGCUCUUCAUUGCGGCGCACAACGGGCACUCGAGCGUCGUCAAGCUCCUUCUGCACGCGCGCGCCAGCGUCUCCAAAUGCACGAGCGAAGGUGCGACGCCGCUCUUCAUUGCAGCGCAGAACGGCCAUGCGCGGUGCACGGCGCUGCUAUUGCGAGCCCACGCCAAGCCCGAUCAGCCCAAGAACGACGGCGCGACGCCCUUGUACAUUGCGGCGCAGUGCGGGCAUCUGGAUGUCGUGCGCCUUCUCAUUGAGGCCCACGCGAAUGUCAACAAGGCCGACCUCAAACGCGAGUCGCCGCUGUGGGUCGCGGCCGAGAUGGGGCAGGAGGCGGCGGUGAAGCUGCUCCUGGACGCGCAAGCAGACAUCAACCAGUGCGACAAGAAUGGCGCAACUCCGCUCUUUGUGGCCGCCAAGCGAGGGCACGAAGGCGUCGUAUCGGCCCUGCUGACAGCCAAGGCCAACUUUGAGCUUCGCAACGCGACGGGCAAAACACCGCUCAUGAUUGCGGUCCGAAAGAAGCACAAGCGUAUCGUCGAACUCCUCUUCCGCGCCGCGCUUGUGAGUAAAAAAAUCUUGUAAUUGUACCGUAAAAAUCCCGUGAAUCUCAAUUGAAAAGUCC